GCUGUAUCCAAGAGAAAAAACUGACUCUAAAAUUUUCAGAAAAAAAUAAAUGCUUUGCUUCCUAAACCCUGAGACUUACAGUUUUUAGGCGCUCAAACAUCGUCAAAAAUAUUAAAAUUAAAAUAUUAAUUUAAGUUUUGUGAAGUAUUGAAUCAAUUAGGAUGGCAGUCAUGAUAGCAUCAGAAUUCAAAGACGCAGAUGGCUUUCGGCUACAGUUCGAGGAAUCAGUUACUGACGAUGAACGUGUCUUUUAUAUGCGUACAUUUAUUAGAGUCGAUGAAGUUUCAAAGGAUCGUGUUCAUUGUACCACAUGUGAUGUACAUUUAGGAACGGCACCAAUAUCUGAGAAAAUUAUUCGUACUCAUCAGAUUCUUGGCGUUACGCAGUGUAACAAAUGUUUCGCAUUUUAUAAUUCUGGAGAGUUUGGCAAAGGAGAGGAUGGAUCAGAAUAUUACUGCAGAUGGUGUGGACAAGGUGGUGAAGUGUUUUGCUGCUCAACAUGUCCAUUUGUAUUCUGUAAUAAAUGCAUUAGAGACAAUUUGACAAUGGCUUACAUUAAGGAGAUUGAAAGGAAUGAUGAUUGGUCUUGUUUUGUUUGUAACAGAGAGACUUUGAAGCGGCUUAGAGCUCAGCAUUGGGCAUUAAGGAACUUUAUGAAUAAGCAAUUAGAAAAGAUUCAAAAUGUUAACAUUAAUUCUGAAGAAGAACUGAAUACAAUGUUAAAUGAUGAUCAAGCUAUAUGCUGUCCGAAGAAAAAACGAAAACAAAUAUUAAAGCCGGCUCCAGCUCCUGUAAAAAGGCCAGCAACAAAUGGUGGAGGUUUAACAUUAGUUGGACCACCAGCAAAGAAGCAAAUAAUUGCUCCAACAAAAAUGCUUAAAGUUCCUGUAAAUACUAAUUAUCACUUAACAAAACCUGGUCCAAAACCAACUCCUCCAGCAUCAAUGGCUAAGCCAAAAGGAAAUAAUGAAGUCGUGUGUACACCAGACAUUCUAGGAUUAUUUAAUAAUAAAACAAAUAAUGCUGCACAACGUCCACAAACUUCAACAGCUCCACCACCUUUAAUCAUGAGACAGAAUCAAAGGCCAGUGCGUCCAUUAGCAUCUACAAGCAGUACAACUGGAAAUCCAAUUUAUCAUACAGGGAAUCGAAAUAUUUCAGUUAAUGGCUAUCAAAUAGACUUGAAUCAGGCUGCAAGGCAAGAAAUUUUCCGAUUGCCGAAUGGCAAACUGAUUCAAGUUAGAAAACAGCCUAAUUCAACACCAGCACAACCAACAAUACGACCUGGACUUCAUUUUGCUAUGCAGCCUCGUGCUCAUAUUCCAGUUCGUCCUUCACCGCCAACAAUUACAACAACAUCGAGAAUGAUGAGACCAGCUAUGGCUCCACAAUUGAGAGUAUCUAGACCACAACUUCCUCAACAGAGACAAAGUGCACCAAAUCAAGCAAAUGCUCCUGUUGCUUCCACAGUAUUUACACAACAGAAUGGAUCAAUUUCUGUAGCACGUGCUCCACAGCCAGAUACUCAAUUUGGCAAAGCCAAAACUGCAUUUGAAGAUAAAAUUAUUAAUGGAUUAGAAAUUUGUCAGCAUACAAUCAAUAAGAUGAUAACAUUGACAAAUUCAUCAAGUUUCAAAAACUCACGAUCAUUUGCAGAUCUUAAAGACUUGUACAUUCAUCUCCAAUAUCUAUUCACAUACACAUCUGGAAAGAUUAAGACACUUCAAGACAGUCUUGGAACAAACGUUGAAGAGUUAGCCAAGCAUGAUAAAUCUUUGAAGGAAAAGGAGAAGCAUGAUUCAGAUGAAUUGGAAAUUGUUGAGCAAAAACAGGAUGUUAUUGAAGUAUUCUCAGAUGAUGAAGAAGAACUUCCUCGUGUUAAUCAGGUUGCUACUAAGAAGACAGCAGCACCAUGCAUUAAGUCACCAGAACAAGAAGCACUUGAGGUUGAACAAGAAAUAGUAUCAGCUCUCCUUGCAACAAUGCAAGAAACAUUUAACAGACAGCCUGAUCAGCCGGAAUUGCUUGCAAGCUGUAACUAUAUGUCAGAUGAUAAGAAAUUACUUAUAAAGAGUGCUGUAAAGGUUGAAAGACUUGAGGAGUCAAAGAGUCCACUUGUCAAGCAAUAUAUGAUUGCUAUUCAGCAGCGUCGAGACAACGAGCCAUCAGCUGAACAAAAUAUUGAGAAUGAAGAAGGUGAAGACGGCGAUGAUGAUUUCCCACCAUUAGUUCCAGAAAUUGUAAUGGACGAAAAUCCUAAUCCAGAUGAAAUUACAGAACAAACUGAAAAUAGUGAAGAAAGUAAGGAGAAAGAACAUGUUGAACCAGAACCAGAACCUGAGGCUAAUGUGGAAGAUAAAAUGGAGACUGAAGAUGCUCCAAAGUCUGUUAAUGAUUCGUCAGACGUUGUUGAGAUUCCAAGUGACGAUGACGAAGCAGAAAUAACUCAAACAAAUGAGAAUGAGUCAGUAGAAAAAGAGAAUAAUCAGUCAAAAGAGGAAGAGACAGAAUUGAACGAGGAACAAAGUAAAGACGACGGGGAAAUUCCUGAAGCUUCUGAGACUAUACCAGAUGAAACAAUGGAAGUAGAUAACAAUGAAUCUACAGCAGACAAUCCAGAUGAAAGUGUUAUAAGUUUAGAUUCAUUGAUUAAUUGUAAUGAAGCCAUAGAAAAUGAAACAGCAGAGAAUGGAACUGCUGAAAAUGAUGAGGUAGCUGAGAAAGUUGCAGAAAUAAGCAGCAAUGAAGACAUCACUGAAAAUGGAGAGGUUAUAACAGAGACAGAAAAUGAUACAACUCAAGCAGAGGAAGUAGAUGAAUCAAUAGUCAGCAAAGAUGCUGAAGAAAUAACAAAAAUAACAGAAAAUGGAAUCGAUGAGAAAGAUCUUUUAGAUAACUUGCUAAAUUCAUUGGACGAAAAUGAGCCGUUAGCUCCAAUUGAAUUAGAAAACUUUCCAUAGACUUUAAGCUAGAAUUUCAAAUUGAUGUUAUAAUUUUUAACUAAGCACCUACAAAUAUAUCUGAAUUAGUUCUAAGUACCACACACUAUUAUGAAUUUCAUUCAAUAAAUUACAUUGAUUUAAAAUCCUUAAACA